AUGAUUCCGAUCGCUCCCGCCAUCAAAAACUAUACAGCACCGGCAACACUUGAUUUCAAAAAGAUUAAACGUAGACGAGCGAAACGAAGCUGCGAUUACUGUCGACGCAAAAAGACUCGUUGUGAUGGCGAUACGAAUCGUCCUUGUUCAAAGUGUCGAGCUGCCAAUGUCAAUUGCCUUUUUCUGACAGAACGAAAAAAGAGAGGGCCAGCAGGUGGAAGUUAUGUGGAACUAUUGGAGAAUAGAUUGAAGCGUAUGGAGAGUUUAUUGGUUAAUCUAAACAAAAAAAAGGGAGACGGAAAGACGAUUGGAAUAGAUGACUAUGAUAUUACUAAUAAUCAAGAAGAAGAAGAAGACGAGGAGUACGAAGAAUACGAAGAAGAAGAAGAGGAGCGCUCUGGUAAUAAUGGGGAUGAUUCAAAAUGUAUUCAACAUAAACACCUUCAAGAUAGAAAAUAUCCUGGUCAAACUGCUUGUGAGCAAUUGUUUCAAAAGUCUCCCGAUAUGGAUGCAGUUGAACAGCAAAUGAGUGGGUUAACCAUUAAAGAUUAUCAGCGUACACGAUAUUUCGGAGCUAGUGCCGGUAUACAUCUUUUAGAAAAGAACGUGCUAUUUCGAAACAAAAAACUUCAUUUCAAAAGCGAACCUUCCUGGUUUAUACAAAAAGUCAAUGAUGAUGAAGAGGAGCAUGUUAUCGUAAAAUCAGAAGAGAUAUAUCAGCCUCAACAAAUCAAUGUCGUGAAAGGGCCUCUUCCAUCCAGAAUAAAGCUAUUCGAGGAUGUACCUUUGAUGACACCAGAGUUACUCGAUCUAUUUGUAUAUCUAUACUUUACUCAAGUUCAUAUUUAUGGUCCACUGAUCAACAAGGUUGAAUUUUUGGAACAAUACUACUUUCAAAAUCCCUCUGCUCCUGACGAGUAUUUACUAUAUGCUAUUGCGUAUGUAGGUUCCCAAUUAUUCACUCCAAAGGAAAGCGAAAUGGCCGAGAGUGACAUGGUUCAGAUAAAAGAAUGUUUGAAAGAGAAGGCUUUCCAAAUAUUGGGCAUUGUUUAUAAAAGACCCUAUGUCAGCACAGUGCAGUCUCUACUGGUUCUUACCAGCCAUGUCAUAGACGAUCAAGAAGUUGAUGAUGAAGACACAGGUCACUGGAUCAUUGCUGGAUUAGCGAUACGAUUAGCUCAGGAUUUGGGACUCCACAUUGACUGUUCUCAAUGGAAGAUACCUCCCUAUGAGAUCGAACUUCGAAGACGAAUUUGGUAUACAUGCUAUUUUGUUGACAGAUGGAUUGGUGCACAGCUUGGGAGACCAUUAUCUAUCAUUGACGAUGAUUUUGAUGUCGUACUUCCUACACCAUACGAAUUAGAAACAAAAGUUGCACGUACCAGAUCAGAAAUUACACCUAUUCUCCUUGUCGAAGCAGAUGCUGCUCUACAACAGCGUUUACCUGUCUAUAAUCAUUUUAGUUAUCUCGUCACUCUUACACAUAUCCUAGGCCAAGUUCUCAUUGGUCAAUACUCUACUCUCAACAAACGUAACCGAAGCGUGGAGUUUGUCAACUGCAUGGAACAAAAUUUGCACAUGUGGAGACAAUCGCUACCGAAAGAGAUGUUUUCCGUUCAUGAUAAGCACCACGCACCUCAAUACAGCUUGAUGCAGUUAGCAUACUAUACUGUCAUCAUUUUCAUAUACAGACCAUUUAUAUCGACAGCAGCAGAAAACAAAGAGCUGGCAUUUAAAGCACUUGGUAUCUGCACAUCAGCUGCCAACAGUUUAAUAAACGCUGCUUUAUCUGUCGACAAUUGUUCAUUAGCGAAUGCACCUUGGAACUUGGCUGUUUAUUGUCUCUUUCAAGCUGCUAUUAUCUUUCUGCACAAUAUACGAGGGGAGAAUGAAUGUUUGAAGGCUCAAGGAAGAGAGAAUCUAGACCGAUGUAUGGAAAUGUAUAGAAAAGAUCCUCAACUAUGUCGUACACGAACAAUGAGGAUAUUGGUUUCCGUGGCGACUUCUUAUCAUGUAUCCAUUUUCGAAGCAUGCACUGAAUCUUUUGGUUAUGAAAGUCGAUCAUCAGAAUCAGAAAGCUCUACACAGCAAGAGUUGAUUAUGAUCACGCCUUCUAGUAACAGCUCACCAGAAACUGAACAUCAAAGCAACGUACCACAGUCUCUUGCUUCUAUUGUGUGUAACCCUGCGUUCAACAGCACUCGACCUGAAGAUAUGUGGAAUUUCUCUUUAAGCACGGUAGACCUGAGAAAAUCAAAUAUGAUGGAUAAGCCAAAAACACCCGAAUCAUAUCAACAAAACGACGAUGAAAUGAAGUCGUCAAUAAGAACUAUGGAGAAUAUUCAUCAACCAGAGGGUCCUGGUGAUAGAUAUCCAAAUAUAGAAUCACAGCAACUUAUAAGUGAAAAUAUGAAUACAGAUGAACUGAAUCAUCUGUUUACCAUGACAGAUAAUUUGGUACAGCAGCAAUUGGAUAUAUCUAGCUUAAAAUCAGAUAUUCCACUAUGGGAUGUGCCUAGUGCGACUACUUGGAACGAGUGGGAGAUGUUUAUAAAACACAACAUGUCAUAA